UCAACAGAGAGGAAGUGCUGUGAACGCAGCUGUGUUGACUGCUGAUAGGAAUCCUUAUGUUGGUCCUGUCUCUUCCUGUAGCUUCAGCUCAACUGCUCAGCAUUCAGCGAUGAACAUUGAUGAAAAGUUGGAGGGGAUGCUUAUGAAAUGUAGCCCUGUGGGGCUUCAUCACUCUUCCAGAGCUUUGGGACCCUCAAGGGUGGACGGAAGAGGAAGGAGAGGCAGUUUGGAUAUGACACUUGGGGAACGGAGCUUGGCUAAUCAUCCCCUUUUGGCAGAGGAUGAUGAUGAUGAUGAUGAAGAUGAUGAUGAUGAUGAAGACCUGGCAGGUGGAGGCCUAACCUCGCAUGGUCUGAUAUCCCAGGAUGACCUCAUGGUUCAUGAGGAGACGGUGAAAAAGGAUGGACAGGAUGAAGCCGCUUUCUCACAGCGAAUCUCCCAUAAAUUACACUAUACACUCAAUAUGCCAGUAAAUAUAAAGCAGGAGAUGAAAUUGCCAGACUCAUUGAAUCUCAAUAAAAAGGAGAAGAAACCAGGGAGGGACCCAUCUGACUGUCACAAAAAGAAGAAGAGAAAGCAGCACUCGCCUGCAAAGAUUCUCACUAUUAAUGAAGACGGCUCCCUUGGGCACCAGAACCCGAAAUCUCAUGUCUGUGAGCACUGCAAUGCUGCUUUUCGGACAAACUACCAUUUACAAAGACAUGUCUUCAUUCACACAGGUGAAAAGCCUUUCCAGUGCAAUCAGUGUGACAUGCGCUUUAUUCAGAAGUACCUGCUUCAGAGACAUGAGAAGAUCCACACAGGAGAAAAACCAUUUCGCUGUGAUGAGUGUGGAAUGAAAUUUAUUCAGAAAUACCACAUGGAGAGACAUAAGAGGACACACAGUGGGGAAAAGCCUUACCAGUGUGACUAUUGCCAUCAGUUUUUCUCCAGAACUGACAGAGUACUAAAGCACAGACGAAUGUGCCAUGAGAAUAAGGACAGGAAGGUGCAGAAAGCAGCUGCCAAAGACGACCCUCUUCGCACCUCAGAGACCUUGGGCUUCUCUUUUCCUGCCAAGGAAUGCACGCUUCCCAAGAAGAAACGUCAGAAGACCUUUGAUAAAAGUCGGGUUGCGCUCACAAGUCCCACUGUUGACAAAGUGGUUGAAGCUGGUAACGAGGAGAAGACGGAAGACCAACUGGCCAAAAGCGAGUGUCUUCCUCUUUACACUGUAGCCACCAAGGUCAAGGACGAGUAUGUCGUGACAGAUUAUUCCGUUGAGCUCCCUGAUUCCCCGCCUGGCAACAGGCAUCUCGCAGGGGAGGAAUCGAAUGAUGAGAUCAUCAGUCCUCCGAAACUAGUGCUGAAGAAAAUCGCCAGCAGGAGAGGUUUGAAACAGCAGGCCCUAGAACAUCCCCAGAGUCUCUCACCCUUGUCCUCAUUCGAAGAGAGCAAAGUAACAAGAUACACGUUUGAAAUUGUGGACAACAAAGGCCUCUUGGAUGUCGAGACCAAUCCUGUCAUGGAGUCGGUUGAUUCCCUCCAAGGAGGACAAACGAAACCAACUGGGAGCAGCACAAAUUAUGACGACGCCAUGCAGUUUCUCAAGAAGAAGCGAUACCUUCAGGCGGCUACGGCAAACACUAGUCGAGACUAUGCGCUUAAUGUAAGCAGCAUUGUGUCGCAGUCUUCAGUCACUCAGGCAGCUGUAGCAAGCGUCAUCGAUGAGACCGUUCCCGCCACAAUCCUCUCUGAGACUCAGACGCUGAACGUGGAGAUCAAGUCCAGUAACGAGAAGAACGUCCUUCCAGAUGAGGUCCUGCAGACGCUUCUCGAUCACUACUCCAAUAAGGCCAACAGGCAAGCAGAGAUUUCCUUCAGUGUGGCGGACACUGAGGUCACAUCCAGCAUCUCUAUCAACUCUUCCGAUGAGAGCAGCCCCACCGAGACUUUGGGGACCAGCUCACAAGGACCCCCGGCCGAGAAGGCUAGCCUUCUACAGGAGUACUCCAAGUUUCUCCAGCAAGCACUGGAAAGGACCAGUCAGAAUGACACCUACCUGAACAACCAGAGUCUUACGUUUGUAAAUGACAGUGCCAGUCUUGCUGGCCAGCCUUUGUUUUCCACGGAGAAGCAGUUCACCUCCCCAUCCCGGUUCAGACCGAGCAUGAACUCUCCAUUGAGAUCCACCUUGGAGAAACCUAACUUUAGCCUUUUAGUAGAUUCCCAACACUCCUUCUCCUUUUCAGGUGACGAGACAAACCCUUCCUCAGUUUCGCCAACAGAGGACUUCCUCGACCAAGUGACCUCUCCCCAAAAAACAGAUGCGCAAAGCAUUAGUCAGACAUUUCAGAUCGCUACUUUUGACCAGAACUUUCGAUCUCAGUUUCCAAGCUCACGAGCUGGAAUGUCCUCACAGUUUAGCAUUGCCAGUGGACAAGUUAGCCUGAGAGGUCAUGGAGGAGCGGACUUCCCAGAGUUCUCUCUUGUUAACGAAACAAGAUCUCCAGAUGCUACAAGCAGCCAAACUUUUGGCUAAACAAGAGCUUUUAAUGAUUUGAAGCAUUUUAAUGGCACUUUAUAGUUCUGUCAGUGAAGGCAAUGUGAUCUCUGUGCAAAUACUUAUGAUUUUUCAUCUUUAAACAAUCACGCAUGUGGAGCAGAGUGAUGCACGCAUUAGAUUUCAUUAUCAGCACUUCUAAUGGAGACUAUGGGAUACUCUUUAUCUGUCAUUGCAUUAUUUGUGCAUUACACAUGUAGGGCUUGGGAUGAACGCACUAUGGCUUGCCAAAUUAGUUAGCCUGUGCGUUCUAGAAUUAGGAAUUCAAGCUACAACAACAAUGCUGUUGUAGUAGUCUAAAUUAUAGGGUCAACGUAGCUUCCUAGAGAGAAAAUGAUACAAAAAUCAAUUCUGAUUUGGCCUCUUUUUAGCAUUCAGUUCUUUUGCUUGGAACAACAGGCUCAACGGACUGACCUAAUAAUGAAGGUCUAUAGAAACUACUCUGACCUAGCAUUACAAUCGAUUUUGUAACAUGUUGUCUGGAGAGGUACUGAAAGGACCUUACAUUCACGCCCUAGACUUGAGUAAGGCACUUUGUUUAAAAAAUGAGUAACAUUUUUCUGCCGUUGUAAGCUAAUUUGCGUAUUUAAUUUUUUGUGCACUUAAUUACUUGUUGGAAUGUUUUUACAAAUAUUUGCAUUCUCUGCUCCCAUAAAGAAUCUCUCCAAGACACAUUUUGUUUAGAGCAAUCUGCAGGUAUUGUCAUACUGAAUUUGUAUGGACCUAGCCCAUAAUUUUAUAUAAUGAGAUUAUAUAAUCAUGAAAUAUUUUUGCACAUUUCUCCUAAGGUUAUUGGAUCAAAACAAUAGAUAUUCUCAUGCUACUUCUGAACAAAUCAGUACAUUUUCAUCAGAUUUAGGGCACAUGGGGAACAAGGCAUCUGUAGAUGGUUUGUUUUCACAUAUUCUACAUUUAGGGAUGCAGUUUUAGCAAUUGUCAAUAUGCACUUCUUCAUUUGUCAUCAUUGUGCCUGACUCAGUGGUUAGUUCAGACUUACAAUAGUCAAAAUACAACAUACUUUGUUGAAAAAAUGUGCGCAUUUCAUCACUUUGAUUUCCUUAAGAGGAUUUCAUUUGUUCACAUUCUGUUUUCUUGAGUUUCCAGAUGGACUCAAUAUCUCAUAAACAUUACCCAUUAAAUAGCACUUUGAGCUCAUGGGCAGUUUUUGUUAUUGCUUUAAAGCACUUUUUUAGUUCCCACCUUCCCUCUACAUAAUGUACACAUUCAUAAAUCUGAUAUAAUCUAUAUCAGUGUUGAGUGAAAUCAAGAAAGAUGAUUUAAGAAUGUAUGGUCUGAGAUCAUAUUUUUUGCUUUUUCUUUGUCUCAAAAACACCCCAUCCAUUAGCAAGUAUGUCUUUGUAUCAGAUUCACUUGCUGUUACUUAUUGGAUCAAUAUAGAACAAAAAAUAAAGUGUAAUGUUUGGUAAAGUUAUACUAAUAUGUACACACAGCAUUUAUUAAUCACACAUCUAUCUUUGUUAGCUUAAAAACUAAUCAUGUAAAUGAAAAACUUUGUUUCUGUUUUAUUUUUAUUAAUUUACCUGCUUGCCCCAUAACUGUUAAUCAUAAUCUUGAUUAAUCUUAGUUUUAUGCUUUAUACUCGUAGUAUCAUGCGAAACUGUACACUCAUUUCUUUGUAAAUCAUUUUUAAAAACAUUCUUAUGUAAAUUGUUUAAUGGUUUUAUAAACACACAAAUUCACUCUGCUCAUAUUUUGUGAAUGAGGCCCAUUAAGAACAGUCCUGUGUGUUUUUUUUUAUAGUAUGUUCUAGGUGUCAAAGACAUUUUACUGUGUUUUUGAUUACGGUCUAUUAUAUGUGUGCCUAAACAUUCCUUUAUUGUCCCUUUAUUUCUACACAUUGUAAAUAGGUUGUAUAUUUUAAUUUGUGCAUUUUGAUGUGCACAUGUUUUGGAGUGUAGAGAGAGUGCGACAUGAUUUACUAUUUGCUGCCAUUUUGGUUUACUCAUUCCUGUAGUCCCUGAUGACUCUCAGCACAACUUUUGUGACUAAAUCAUGUUUGUGUUCUUGUUUGUAAAAUUACAAAUGUACUGUCCUCUAAGAAUUGCCUCUGAAUUAGUUUUUAAUAAUUAUAAUUUGAUUAAACCAUGUAUGGAUAUCAUACACCAUCAGAGGAGUUUUUAGGAUGUUAUUUAUCAUUUCAAUAUCAUGUGAUACCUUCAUUAUAAAUAUUUAAUCAAUAAUUACUGCUUUAGAUGCUCUAGAAAUCGAUGAAAGUGAAAUGAUAAGUUGAGGGAAGACCUUAAUGCUUUAUUUGUGCUUUAUUUCCUUUUAGUAAAUUGUGGAUUUUAUUAAUUAUUUUUUUUGUAAGCUCAAUUGCUAUUGGUAAAAGGUCAUAACCAUUUAGACACAUGACUGUUGUUCUUUAUUGACUGGGUAUUUUGAGCAUCAAAGUCUCAUCUGGUGUUACUGAUGGUGGAUCAUUGUUUUCUUUCAAGUUUAAUUUGAGUGGAAAACUGAAUGGUUUUAUUUAGUAAGCUCUUCUGACUAGUUUUAGACAUUUAAUUUUAUUGGGGAGUGCAUGUCCUCUGACUGUCUUUGUACACUGGUUAUAUUUUUAUAUGUAUCCAUUUUAUUGUAGCCGAAUUAUUUCCAUAGAAUAUACUUUAAUGCAAUACUUUGCCUAAGACAUGGGGAAAAAGUUCUGAUUGGAUGUUUUUGAUUGCGUGCCUCUUGUUGUGUAAUAUUAAAUUUCAA